GUCAUCACUGAAAAAAGAACACUUCUUAAUAUGAUUUUAACUUGUCAGAUAUUAUUGAUACUACCUUCAGCAAUAUUUUAUAUCUUGAUGCACCCUAUAUUGCAGUUGAUUAAAGAUGCAUAGGAUUUGUUAGCUAUAAAAUGCUAUGUAAGACAAGGAUUGUUUUUACUCUGAUCUAGAUAUGGACUAUAGUCUAAUGCUUGUUGCUUAAAUCAAGUCUAUGUAAACACUAUGUACAUUCAAAUCUAAAUCCAAACGCAAUAACAAUAUAGUUUGAAAAUUCUUAAACGUUUAUUCAUGAGAUAUUGAAUAUAUUUUCCAAGAACUUGUUGUUAUGAGUAUAAGUAAAAUAAUAUACAUAUUAUGGGGGAUCUAUACACAAAUUUUGAAAGCAUAUAAUUUGGAUAUAGUUUGAAUGUAUUAAUACGCAUACCAUGACGAUUUUAUAUGUAUCCAUAUAUAUAUAUAUAUAUAUAUGUAAAGUUUAAAUAGACGAUUAAGUACAUAGCAAAAUAUUUAGCAAUUAAGUAAUAUUGCAUAUUAUUUUGUAAUAUAUGACAUUUUUUACUCAAAUUUGUUUCUGCGUACAUAUUGUUUUAGUGCAAAUGUAUAAGGCUUUAGGGCCUAACUGUAAAAAAAAUCUAUAACUGUGAUGUAAUUUAAAUGAAUUUAUUUUUAAUUUUUAUAUUUUCAGUAUUAUUUACAUAAUAAAAAGUGUAUAUAAGUGUUAGUUUUGGUAUAUGGCAUAAACUAAGUUUUAUCUAGAUAAGAAGAAUUUUGAUGUGUGGAGUAUUUGAGAAUGCAGAUAGAAUGGGCUGGAAUAAGAGUGGCAAUCAAUGAAGGUCCCUACGUCUGGAAACUCAAACAUGGACAAUAAAUUGAAGUUUUCAGAUCGCUUGAAGGCUUUAUUGAAAACCGAGGCUCACCAAGAUGUUGAUCCGUAUAUUUUUAGUGAACCAGAACCAUUUACUGCAGCAGCAGGAAGAAACUGUACAGUAGUUCAGACCAAAAGUUCUAAAGUGAUGCAAAAUUGUAAAAAAAGUAAAGGGAAAUGUAUAAAAGAAAGGAUAAAAUUAACUCCUGUGCCAAGUGCAGGAUAUAGAACUGUUACAGAUAGAAGGACAGACUUGGAUGUGGAAUAUGGUGGUGGGAGAAGCAUAGAUCAAAAAUAUUCUAAUAUAGUUCAAAGUAAACGACGUCACUUAGAGAAUUUGGAACGACUCAGGUCAAGGAGACAGAAUCGGGACCAUACGUUGCUGUAUUAUCCAAAAGCAGGAGACGAAAUAUCAGAUAGUGAGUCAAGCGGAGACGAGAUGACAGUUUAUCAACGUCAUUGGUUCUCAGGAGAUACAAGUACAGAAUUAAAUCGUUCUACAAGAUUAUCUCAAUUAAGAUCUCAGUUACGGCGACGUUUGAUUCAGUUAAAUAGAAGUGACUCAGACUCAGAAGUUCUUUUACGUGAACGUGCAAGGUGUUUAUUAGAAACUGCUUACAAGGACCCAGCAUCUACAGCAAGAGCUUUAAGUGAUUCACCAGGAACUAGUAAGAUAAUAGAUGGACCACUUCUAGUAGGAGGGCAAUGUGGUGCUGAAGGAUGUCAACAAAUUUCUUUACCUUGUACACGUCAUUGUUCUCGGCAUAUUAUGUUAAAUGGAGAUCAACUUUUAUUUGAACAUUGCACUGCCAAAUUUAGUGACAACACACAGUGUUGUAUUCCUGUGUUCGAUGUUGCACAUGAAUUACCGCUUUGUCCAGAGCAUGCUAGAAAAAGGGAUAAUUAUAAUCGUAAGGCUCAAGAAUCUAAACCAAAGAAAGCACGGAAGAAACCAGCAUCUCCUACCAUCCCAAGGCCUAAGCCAAAAUCCAGGCCAAAGAAAAGAAAACGACCUCCUGCAAAUAAAUUAGAGACCAAAGGUACUUUAGCACAUGAAGAGAGUCAUUAUAUGAGCCAAAUGAACUCCAGUGAAAGUCACAUUAAGACACUGAAUAAUAUGAGUGUAACACAAGGAAGCUCAAACUCUUCGAACUUAAACUUAGGGUUGGGACUGAGUUCUCUUGGACUAGGAGGAGGCCUGAAAGUCGAGUUAAGUGAUCAUGAAGUAUUUGCUUCUCUGGAUCCAACUGAACAUGACUUUGGAAAUGUACUCAACAAUUUACCUGCAGAUGCGUUUAAUGAUUUAUUUAUUGAAAGUAGAAAUGGUGAAUAUGAACCAUCAAGAGAGGAGGAAGAAGAAUUGGAACGAGCUUUAGAAGCAGUGGAUAAAGAUGUUCGUAAUUUAGAAAGAAUGGGACAAACACAUGGACUUUUAGAGCCAGCUUUACUUGCUCAACUUAUGUCAGAUAUAGCUUCGUAGCCCCACCUACAUUAACAUUAUAAUAAUCAGAAAAUAAAUUCGCGUGUGUUCCUUAUGAUGUAGAAAAAGAGAUACUGUUUUGUGUGUCUGUGCUGCUACAUGUAAACUUGUGUCACUGACUCGUUACUACACAGUUGCACAUGUUCGAGACAUUGGCAGGGAUUGAUAUACAUAAAUAGAAUGUGAACAAGAACAAUAGUAAACUUAUCAAUUUAGGAUGAUGGACACUAGGUAACACAUGGCUAGAUUUAAUGUCAUGUAUGACAUACAGCUUGUAAAUGUUUAAGAAUUCCAUUUUUUCCAAUUAAUAGCUAAUUAAGAAAACUGUUCAUAGUUUAAAGUUGUAGUGUAUAUUUACAACUUACUAUGAACAUACCAACAAAUUUUAGUUAAUGAAGAUUUAUUGUACUAGCACUUUUUAGUAAUACAUUUCAUUACAUUAAUUUUUCAAAAUAUGGGCAAUGAAGAUACAAAAAGUUAUAUUACACAAAAUAAUUGACACAUUCAGCAUUCAGGAUAUCAACAUUCAGAAUAUUGCAAAAAUAUUAAGGUAUAUAUUCUCUUUUAUAUAUAUAUGUCACACAUUUAGAAUUUUAUUAUAAUUAGACAUUGUGUAUUAAUAGAGCUAUUUCACGAUCAUCUAUUUUUCUCUUUCUAUUUGUUACAUUUUACUUAAUUGCUUUAUCAAUAUAUUAUUUUUAUCUUCUCAUAGUUACAAAAACUAAAUUUUCUCGAUUUAUUCGACUAUCCUAAAUGAUUAAAAAAGACAAAGUGUGUCCAAUAUAUAAAAUUAUUUCAUAUUUGAUAUAGAUUAAGCAAAUAAAUGCAAAUAAGUGCAUUAUAAUUGAUUUGAAAAAAUGUCGCCAAUAUUUUUAUUUUGAUUAAUUCAUGCAUUAUGAUUGAUUUGAAAAAUUUCAACAUUUUUUUGUUUUUAUGAAUUCCUUAUAAUAUAUAUGUACACAUCCACACACACUCAUCCACACACACACACACACACACACACACACACACACACACACACACACACACACACCACUAGCCAGACAGACAGACAGACAGACACACACAUAUAAAAUUUAAAAAGAUCUAGAUAUAAUGUCAUCAUAGUAUUAAAAAACGAUAUUUAUGUAAAAUAUCUAAAAAAAAAAAAAAAAAAAAAAAGAAAAAGAAAAAAAAACUUUUUAUGAAAUUUUGGGUUAGUGUAUUUGCAUUUCUAUUCUAAUUACACCAUGAAUUAUUAUAUGUUGAUGAUCUUAAUCUUUAAAUCAUUUGCAUUUUUAAUUUAUAAUAGUUUCAGUUAUAAAAUAACAAAUUAUUAAUGAUAAAUCUCAGAUCUUUUGCAACUUUUCAUAAAUGAUCAAGCGAUGUUAUAGUAUAUACAAAAAGUGAUCUCUUGGUUAAUAUAUGAACAGAAACGUUUUUUUUUUUUUUUUUUAAAUUAUAUCUCAUUAAACAUCUUGUGCAUAAAAUAAAAUUUUACAGGGAUAUGACUGAAUUCAUAUAAAAAUAUACAUGUUAUAUAUCUCUGAACGAUUACUAUUUCUUUUUUUUUUUUUCUUUUUUUCUUUUUUUUUCCAUUAGUUGUUUGUUGUAAUAAUUCAUUGAAGUAAUCGUGAAUAUUAAUAAUACAUACACAUAAUGAUCAAUAAUGUUAUUUUAUCCAUUUUGUAAUAUAUUCAUGUAGACAAAUAUUCAGUGAUAAGUAGCUGUAAGAAAUGAGUAAAAAACCGAAGAUGAUCUGAAAGAGUUUCAUUUUUAAUACCGUUCAUUAAUAUAAGUGCAAAGUAAUUUGCAAUCAAUGUGGAAAUGACACGCGUUAGAAUUAUUUCAUCAUUCAAGUAAGAAAAGAAAUUCUUUCGUCUUAAUUUUUUUUUAUAUAAUGUACACAUUAAUUCCCAGUUGAGGCACAGAUUCUGACAGUAAGACUAGAUUGCUAUUAAGAUAUAUAAGAGUUAUGUACUGCCAUUUUAUUGCUAAAAUAUCAUAACUCUAUAGAAAUAUGCAAAGUGCAGUCUAAUAUUUGAUUGUAGACACAUCGUGAAGAUAGAUUACAAAUUAUCAUAGUUUUAAUGCAUAUCGAUAAUUGAGUGUGAUCUAAGAGUUAAACAUAUAAAGUUAUUGUGCAUUGCAGUUAUUAGUUAUCAUUAAACAGUUUGCACUGAAUGUAAGUACAAGAGAACAGAUAUAUAAAUUUGCUUGAAAAAAAAAAAAAAAAAAAAAGAAAAAAAAAUCUAGUUUUUAUUAUCAAAAUCUUAGUGCCAAAUAUAUAGAAAUAAAAGGUACUUAGUUUUCUCUUUUAAAUGUGCGUGUCACUUAUCUAAAAAUGAUAAUUCAUAAAAUUCCACAUUUUUGGAGUACGUUAGUUAAAUAUGAAUUAUUAAAGUCACUUGCAAAAAUAGGUUUGCAAAAAAAAUAUUAGUAACAAUCUCGUAUAAAUGAAACUAAAAAAAUAUUUGCAAUUGGGCACCCAUAUUGGAAAUAAAUUAAUGUCAUACUGUUAUUUGUAGAAUCUUAGUGAAUAGGUAAAUAGUAAUUAUUUAUGGAAAAGGACAAUGCAAAAUUUAAUCAAAAAAAAUGCAUUGCUUCGAGUGUAUCUAUAUGUGACUCAUUGUAAAAUAUCAACAUUAUUACUCUUGACUAGACAUUAUCAAUUAUAAUAAGCAUAUUUUUUA